GUGGAGUGAGAGGCAGAAGCUCAGCUCGGCCUGCCCAUGGCGAUGCCAACAUCGCCGCCGGCGUCCCGCACUUGGACGUAAAAGCCAGCGAGUUGAUAGAGAGACAGAGAAGGUAGCUCUGUUCCGGCGACGGCGGGCAUGGGCCUCGCCGGCGGCAUCGUCCGGCGAGUCUUCUCCAAGAGCCCCUGCGGCGGCCGCGGUUGCCACAAUGACAAGGGCGCUGCUGAUCACAAGAGGAGGUGGAGCUCUCUCCGGCUGUACCUCUGCGGAGACGAGAUCACGGCGGCCGCCGAGGACGAGAACGACGACGACGAUGACGGGACGGUCUCUGUCAAGAGCUUCCAGAGCUGCGCAAUGCCGCAAAAGCCGCAUGCGGCGGCGGCGGCGGAUGACGUGGACGGCGCCGACGACGCCGAGGGUCACCCUAAAGAGCAGGGGAGCAUCAGCGCUCCCGUGAAAGAAACCUCGCCGGCGAUCGAACCGGCCACUGCCAGCCGACACGAAGCGGCGACGCUGAUCCAAUCCGCGUUCAGGGGAUUCAUGGUGAGGAGGCAGUUGCAGGAGCUCAAAAAAUCUUCAGAAAACGGCAGCUGCGCCGACGAGCCAAGGAGCCCCACGUCGGCGUCCAUUGCGGCGUCAGUGGAGGUCCAGGUCGGCGAGUCGGUGAGCAACCUCCGGCUCAGCGAUGACAGCGCCGCCGCCGCCGCAGCCGCGUCGGCGCAGCACCGGGGCAGCCAGCGGUCGCGGCCGCAGGCGUUCAGAGUGAAGGAGGAGUGGGACGACAGCACGGUGAGCUCGAACGUGUCGAGGAUGCGCAUGCAGAGCAGGAUCGAGGCGACGACGCGGCGGGAGCGGGCGCUGGCCUACGCCUUCUCGCAGCAGCUGCGGAGCUGUGGUGGCGGCGGGGCCGCCGGCGGCGGCGCCGGGACGAAGAAGCGGGUGGCGCGCUCCGACCAGGCGGAGUUCAACGUUGGGUGGAGCUGGCUGGAGCGGUGGAUGGCGACGCGGCAGGCGUCGGAGGCCUCGGCCGACGACUGCAUGAGCAAGAACGCGGCGGAGUCCGUGGGGUCGGCGGCGGCCGGGCGGCGGGUGAUCGUGGUGAGGCGGCGGCACGACCUCGCCGGCGGCGAGGAGAAGGAGAGCUGCGGAUCCAACGACGUGUCCGUCGUCAGCUUCGACGGCUCCAGCGGCAGCCUCAGCUGCUACAAGCCGGGCAGCAAGAGCCGCCUCCGGGGCGGCGGCCGGAGCCUGCCUCGCCGGAAGGUGGCGUCCUCCGACCACCGCCUCCACGCAAGAUCACACAAGGUGAGCAAGAAGGUGCACCGGCGAGAUCAGGAGCAGGAACAGCAGCAGCAGAGGGAUCAAGCCGCGGCGGAGGCCUACGACGGCAACCAACCACCGACGGAUUACUGAGAAGAACACCACCAGAAAAACUGAUGGAGGAGCAGAUCGAUGAUGUACAUAACAUAGCUUUCUCCAAUUUGCAUGGACACUCCACCGAACCGUGUGCUUGUGUUGUUUGCAGUAAAAUUGCUAUGAACUUUGCCCUUUCUUCUUGUUUUGAUUACUUGGUUUAGUUGAUUGUCCACCUAAACCGAUGAAGUGAAUGGUGAUUUAGUGUGGAGAUCCAAAGGACUAUCAAGUGUUCAGCUGCAGUUGUCUAUAUGUUGUGUCGGUAGCGUAAAUUGUUAGUGUUUAAAUAAAGUACGCAAUUGGCCUACAUCAUACCAAAAAUUUGAAGUUUU